AUGGGGGGUGACGACAGAGCUGACACGGAUGAUGAUCAUCUAUUGGAACUUAACGACGUUAUUGAGCCACUUCCGGAUUUAUGGCUGUCCAAAUGGCCGCGGGCGCAUAAAUAUUUCGGCCCUAAUCGCGAAAGGCUGGUACCUGAAGACGAAGAUGAAAACAUGGAGGAGGAUUUUAAAUUUGCCAAUGAUGACGAUUUUGAUGAAGAGUAUGGAAACGAUGAAACUUAUGCUGAUCAUAUGACCGAUGAACUAGCCGAAGGCGAGAAUUUAGAAUAUGACAAGAUUUCGAUUGUCGAUCUUGGCUUAGCCAAUGAACCGCCGAUGAUUACAAAUGAUUCUCUAGAGGUCCAGUUCAACAAAAAGAAACCGGAUGAUAUAGAUUCCGAAGAAGCAAAGGUGGUUACGGAAUUGAUUCGCAAGAUUCUUCGCUACGAACCGUCCGAGCGACCAACCGCCGCGGAUUUGCUUCAACAUAGUUGGUUUAAAGACUGA